AUGGAUGGUUUUCCAGAGAAAAAGGAACACCACAAGGAAAAGGGAACUCAAGUGAACGAUUAUGUUGAAGAUGAUUCUGAAGGAGGGAAGCCUGCUUCAAGAAAACGAACCAAUUUGCGGACCAUCGCCAUCUUUGCGGUUAUGUCACUCGUGGUUUGUGGAGCCAUACUCACAGCAACGUUGUCGACUCGGAAAGAGCAAGUUACUAAGCGCCUAGUGGAAGUCAACUUGGAACCAGGUGAAACUCUGUUGUAUCAAGUUGAGCAAGUCCUUGAAGUACGAAGUGGAGAGCUUCAGAAAGGUAUUUGCUCUCGCUACUAAUUAAACAUUAGUUGCAUUCAUAUGUUGCCACGCUUCAUCGCUAGGUGAGCGAGACGAUUUACUGCUUUAAAAUUACCUUUUGGUGUUGAAGGCCACUUUUUCGAGUAAAAAUGAUCUAUUUAAGAUUAAAUUAAGCCAGAAUGCAUUUUAAAAAAAAUGACUAUGAAAGCGAUCCUGGCAGUAACAAACACUAAAUAAACAGCAGUGAAAGUAGGGCCUGAAAAUAAUAGAUGAUUUUCAUAUAUUCAGAGUCAGAGAAUGCAUUUUGUUGCGCGGUUCCAGACAAAUUUGACAAUUUACAAGAUAGGAUCAGUGGAAAGUUUUUAGUUAAGAAACAUUACAGGUAGGCGAUUGAAAUGGAGAUCAUUGAAAAAAUGUCAAAGCUGCACGAAAAUGAAAAAACCGAGUCGUAAAUAAAUCAAAUCUUAGGGAAAGAAUGGAAUUGGACAUUGCAUAUGCAAAACAUAGCAGGCCGUGCAAAAACAGAACGCGAUCGCCCGCUCAGGUGUCCCGUUACAAUCUCUGUAUUUUGCAUGGUUUGUUUCAUCUUUAAAGAGGCGAAUUUGUUAUUGCGCGGUUAAUCUCGACAUUAGAAUUUGCCUGAUAUAUUCUCAGUGAUAAGCAUAUGAAUGGUUCAGUGAAUUAUAUCAGUGUUUACGCGCUUACAUCAACCAAAUGUUUGGCCUUAUGAUUUUUUAAAAUUCAAUUAAUCGUUAGAACGUUACACCCAGUAUAUCUUUAACAAUUAGCCUGGAUCUGAAUCCAUAGCGACAUUUUGCUGCUCAUCUUCAAAUUGUAGGGGGAUUAUGGUCGUGUGACGUUAACUUUUACCUGAGCCCUUCCCCCCGACAGGCUCUCAACUGUUCUUAUGAUUCUCUCCCCCGUUGGUAGUCAAUUUUCAACCCCCCCCCCCCCAUUUUUAUUCCGUUGACGACUUAUUCCCGCUUAUUUUUAUGGUCACUGAACCCUUCGAUAUAUUUCAAAAAAGUGUUGGCAAAGACACUCACUAUCAAAAUGUUAACACUGACGGUUUUGAAUCCGCCUUUUUUCAUACGGUUUUCUACCUUGCAAGAUCGAAGGCCUUCAAAGUAUAAUAAUAUUUUGUGUUAUGAUAUUGAAGUUGUAUAUUCACUAAACUUGAUUAUUAUUUUAUUUCCUUCUAUAUGCCAACCAAAAUUAAACUUAACGAAGAUUGUUUCCUGGCCAAUUUUUUUUCAUGAUAGCAGAGUUUAUCAUUUUUUAGGAACACUAAAUACCAUCGUUGCACUUCAAGUAAUAAACAAGACUUCAGAAGAGUAUUGGUUCAUUUUUAAGAUCAUCAGCAUUAAUGCUGAAGGAGAAAACUUGGAAAAAAUCGGUAACGUGACCCGAGGAAGAUCGUUAUAUUUUCUGGUUAGGGUCGAGCGAACUUCAAGGUAAGUAAAACCAUAGUCCUGAAACUUGACAUUGACUUGGCAGAAUUUAUCUUGUCCGUCACGUCGGGAUUACCAUAGAGUAAUUAGGCAUAAUAAGCCCGCCUGAUAGUGUUUUUUUCAUAAAUUUUACAGUCGACUUUCACUUUUGUUUAACUUCGUUUCUCUUUGUCAUAUGCAACUGUUAUUACGCUAAAACGCUUGACUUGCUCGGGGCAAGUAAGCUAGGUGACCCUGGAGAGCAUGAAAUAAAAAGAAGACAAUCAUAUUGAGAGCAACGUGAUUUGUCAUCAGAUGAAGAAGUUAUAUUCAGAAAAACAUUCACCAUUAUUGUUUUAGAGAGGAAUUGACUUCACAUUCUGACGGACGGCGGGUCGUAUUGCAAUGUUAAAUGCUUUGUCUAAAUAAUAUUUUUUUUCUGAUUCCCUAAUUUUUAAGCCUUUUCUACAUCUUAAACCACAUCCCCUUAGAUUCGGAUAUUAGUAAUUAAUUUUCAGGUAGAGAUCUCAGGUAAGUUUCAGCUCAAUAAGAGAACAGUGGACGAGAUUUUCUCAAGAACUCCUUCCAAUGCUGCAAUCUUUGUUUCUAAUUUCUAUCAACUGUUGGCUUUUGAGUCCUCUGGAGUUAGCAGGAUAAGUAGCUAUACUCUUUUAAAACAUGAACUUCCCAAUUCCCCAUCCCUCCGUUUACUUUUUUUGCUGGCCAUAUUUAUAUUCCAUAAUUUUAACUCGUCUGAAAAUUGAUUAGAUCCCUGAAAUGUCACUUGUUGUAUCAUGCCAGUUGCUUAUUGGGAUGUUUUCCUAAGGUCUGACUGUUUUUUCAACAGGUCUGAGGUAAAGAAAACGUCAAAAUCCACCAAAGAAGAUGAGUCCCUUGAAUUAUACGGAAACCCAGAGUCCGACGAGGGGUUAACACGCUAUGCCCGAGCCAUACUUACCCAGCUUCUCCCAACCGUUGAGCGCAACCUUUACGAAUUUGUAGACGGACAGAAACCAGACCCAAAUUCCGAGCCAAAACCUGAAAAAUCUUCCAUGUUUCCCGGAAUUGUGAAGAUGCAUAGAGCAGCAAACACAUCGCAAAAUGACAAACUUUUUAUUAAAAACAAAUUCAAUCGGUCGGAUGUCACUAAUAUGACAUCUGACAUCGACUUGGACUUGUCAUAUGCUGAUUCAUCCGUUCUUAAUAAGAGCAAUGGCGUGUUAACUAAAGGUGAGGUCCAUUUAACUGAACAACUAAAUUUCGGAGAGCCAGUUCAGUUUAAGAAAGGAUCCACAGCCAACAUGAUGAACGUUUCUUUUACGAGUAAGGUUACUCUUCUUGAUAAUGAGAAGUAUCGGAAAAGCUAUCUUGAAGACGAGGAACUAGCAGAGGUUGAUGUUCGUGAUUUCGUCAAACUCGUUGCACCAAAAUCUGACCAAAAUUUCAGGGUGAAAACCUCUGAGAGAGAGGCUCUGAAUGAGCCUUCGGUUGAUUCAAAGGAAAUGAACAGCACGUCCGCUGACGAUGAGCGAGAGACAAACUUGACAACAGCAGCGCACGACUCAAGACACCGGCGAAGUCGCAGACAAAACUUUGUUCAAAAAUUCCUUAAUGCUCCUCGAAAGAUUCCGUUCACACUCUUUGAGAAAAAAAUUAUAGGCAUAGAUAUGAAAGUGAAAACCACUGUUCGAAUUGAAUCAAUUAAAAAGCUAGUCAACCUGAAGCUUGAAAAGACCGAGGUGUAUUUAACUCUGCAGUUUGGAGCCAGUGUAACAGUGCCACUUCUCCGAAAACCCAUUGACACCACCAAGAAAGAAACAAAGAAGAUAAAUGGACUAAACGUCGAAGUUGUAAGUGCUUGAAUUUAAAAUGUCGAUGUUAGAUCGGGCCUCUAUUUCGGCAGGUUUUUUUGGGGAGCAAACUCACGGUUUGCGAAAAACAAGGUUGAUAAAACCACUGGCAUGGAAGAAAGUAUAAAUUGCACCAUUGGCUCGUGUGCCUUCAUUUACGUGUAUUAGAUUUUGAGUUUUACUUAUUUCAAUAUAAUGCUGUAAUGACUGCUUUUAAAUAGUUCUACGAUAACAGGAUGAUAUUGAAACCUUUAGCCUCACAUAAUUUAGCGGUAAAAAUUGCUUGUUAGGGAGGUAGACGACGACCGCGACCGAAUUAUAAACUUAGGCUUUCUGCGCAGGAGGCCCAAGUAAUGACCGCACUGUUUGAAAAAGUUUACGUACAUGUAAUGCAAUUUACUCGUUUUUUUCACUUUUCUACAGACCUACAGUAUUCCGAUAUUUUGGGUCGUCAGUCUUGAUGUGGAUUUUAUUAUUAAGACACCUUUUAGUAUCUCAGUGGACCCAGGCUCACUCUCACCAUCCCGGUUAAGCGUAACGGUGAGUAGAUAUAACUGAAUUGAUGGUUAACAUGUAAUGUAAACAAUGAUUAACAUAUCUGGGUGUAUUGUGUAUUGUAAUAAGGAAUUUUUCUGUUACUCUAAUAUGCAACUAUGUUGUUGUUUUAGUAUUAACUUUGUCGUAAGAGUAUUUACAUAUAUUUGCCGUUCAAACUGGAACACCAUGAUGUAUGACGCAGAGUCAAAUAGGCAAUGGUUCUUUUAACCUCAUUUGGCAAGAAAAAAAAUAUGUGGAAUGGUAAAAGAGUCUAGUAAGGAUUAGCUUCCGAGGAUAAGUUACAGCUUUUGGUCACCAUUAUGGAGAAGUACAUCCUGAUUUUCGUGCAUGUUUGGGCUGAGAGCAGAAGUGUUGAUAUUCUUAACUUCUCCACAUCUUAUUUCAAUAAAUGCAUCGUAGGCGAAGGUUUCAAAAUAAUACGUGCGGAUAUUUUGCGAAUUGUACGGCGAACUUCCGAGUGCCGCUGGGAUGAAGAGUAAUACGAUCAAUGAGCAAAAUAUCCGUUCAUAUUAGCUAGCCCAUAGAACAAGGAAUUCAUUAUUCCAUUAUUAUUUCAUUGUCUAGUAUUUUGGGUUUUGAUUUCUUAAAUGCAUCAGCACUAUAUCGAUUCAAUAAGGCGUAUAAGAAAGACGAAACAACACAAACGAAAGCGCUCUUCAUGACCAAUAAAAAAAUCUACGCACUUUAAAGAUCAAUGCUCAAAAAGUCAAGCCUCAGAAAAAGAAAAAAACCAAAAAAAUCUGAGUGUGAAUCGUUCAUUGCGGCCAUGUUUUUUGCUUCGCUUUCCAUCCUAUUUUUGACAUGCUCUACAGCAUAAUAAUGUGGCAUAAUUUUCGGGUUCCGUUGUCCUUAUAACGGGUAAAAUGGCUCACUUGAUGAAUAAUAAAUCGCUCUCUCUUUCAGCAAUAGCUUCGAUGAUGUAAGAGACGGGUAAAGACUGAUGGAUUUCAUGAAAUCAUACAAAUAUGUAAAUGAAUUAAUAAAAUAUAAGCUCUUACAUGUCAUUUCAGGUAACACCCUAUGCAUCAUUAACAGCCACUUUGCAAGGAUCUGUAUCCGUAUGGCUUAUAAGGGCUGGGGUAUACGGCGACGGACACUUGAUAAGCGGAAGUCUUCCAAUCAGCGUGUCGUAUGAUGAAAAUCGCCCUUCCUACAGGGAUAUCUGCGUAGAUGUUUCAGCUGACUUACGGAUCCUUGAACUGGAAGCCGGUGUCUUCUACCAAUGGAAGUCAUGUUGGUGGGACUGGUGGAGGCUUAGAUGCAAGUGGGGUACUCGACGCACCUUGCACAGUUUUGGCCGAUGGUCUGCCUUCAGUUUGAGGCAAAAUAUGAUUACUGAAUGUUUCUGAUAACACUUUCCAAGGCGGUCCGAGCGUUGUGAACUGUUUAGUUUUUAAAGAACUUUUUAAUUGAGUGUCGAAAAUAAUCCGAGAAUGCAUUAGUUUUGCCUUACUUUGCUCUAUGAAUGGUCUAAAAAACUCCGCCACUCCUAACUGGCGAUCUGAUGCAUAACUUACAUCUAUCACGACUCGCGGUCACCCACGUUUUCGCGCGCUUUUAGGCGGGUUGCUUGUUUUUACUUUGAGUUUUGUUAGCUCUUCAGGGUGUUUUUAUUUGUUCUGAUUGGCUUGUGUAAUUAUUGAGUUGUUCUGGCUUUACGACACUUAAUCUAAAAGUGCUUUAAAUAAGAUUUAGUAUUUUCCAGUGUGUUUUUAGUAUUUUCCAGUGUGUUUUUAGAGGUUUGGUUUUUUUUCGGAUUUGAUUAAUCUUAAAGUCGAAGUACCUUAGAUUAGAGAGAGCAUGUGUGAAUUCUAUUUAUGGUUUCCAGUCCAACAUUGUGGUCGUAUGAUCAUUAUUUCCUAGAUCAUUUCUACGCGAGAUCGAAGCGAUUUUUUUUUCACCCAUUCUGCAUUAACAGUGUCAGCGAUCGGCAAAUCCAAACAUAUCAGCAAUUAAGGUAUCUAGGUUGUCAAUGAUUGUACAAAGCUCUGGUACCAUUCUGUUGUUAAAGGGCAGGAACGGAGAAGAUGAAGCUUAUGACGUCACAAGUCACUUGCAUCAACCAAUGCUUGUCGACCGGUGAUUGAUGGCUCAUCAUCAGAUAAGUUAGAUUAAUCCUUUACACCCUAACAUCAGUAUGCAUAUUCUCCAUACUGUUCUCUAUAGAUUCACUAAGGUGCUGACAAGGAUAAUUUUUUUUUACAUUUAAUAGAUUCUUUAUUUGGUGAUCAUUUCCUUUAUCCUUUUGACCUUAAUGAGUGAUCCAGGAGUGACGUUGAAAGAAGAAAUUAGCGGCUGGUCACUCUUAGAGUUUAAAGGGAUUAAAGAAUAUCCCAUGUAGUUUCGUAACUAUUCGUCUCAGCAUUGAGAUGAUUUAUGUACUCAGUGCUUCUCCAAAUUGAUUAAAAAGCUAAGCAAGUUAGAUAAAUCAUUUAAUUUGGGCAAAAAAGAAAAAAAUCUUACUGUUUUGACAGCUUAAAAUCUUUCAUCGUCAUUUUGUGCCUUAUGACGGAGUCGGAAACCGACACGAUGAACGGCAAAACGAAUUGCCCGUCUAAAAAAUGUAAUGCUCCUUCUCGUUUUGUUAGGAUAGCUGUAAAAGUUCCAAUCAUACCAUGGAUAACUAGUCUGUAUAGUAAU